GCACUCGGCGCAGCGGCUGCAGACACUUUACCACGGAAGCACACGCAAAGAUGAUGUCCCUGAGGGUCGCCCUGCUGCUGAGCCUGGUGCUCGGCCAAACACUCGCCUUUUGGGGCUCCGACGAGAACAAGUACAUCAAGAAGUUCGCCAUGAUGAAGGUGUACGAAAGUUGUUUUGGAGAUGACGUGGUGCGAGAGGUCCGUGAGGAGAUGAGGGCUGCGGCGGCCAGGUGUGCGGCCGCUGCUGGGGAAGGCGGCCCUCCCGGGCCCAGCAACACCCACGCCGUGUUCGAGCACCUGGAGAACACGGUGCCCCAGACGACGAGGGCGCCAACCACGACGACCAGCACGACGACCACCACAACUCCUUUCCCUGAAACCACAACUGCUCCACCGAGCUCCACGAGAAGGCCAUUCAACCCGAUCGGGACCAGCAACAUGGGCUCGGAAACUUUGCUCCGGCUGCAGGCACUUUUGCAAGGGCUCAAAAGCUUUAUGAAUCCUUCGGUGUUUUCACAGCAUGGUGGCGCAAAUCUGGCCGCCGCGGCCGCCAACGUGGCCAACGUUGCCACCGCCGCCUUCACCCCUCAGAACAUUCCUCAGCAGCCCCAGCAGCAACCACCCUUCCAACAUCGCUACCCCUUCACCCCCGAAAACUACGCUCCCCAGGGCUACUCCCCUUACGGAGGCGGCUACGCACCACCCCAGCCCUAUUACUACCCCCCAGCUGUGCCCAACCCUGCCUACUACCAGUACCAGCAGAAUCCGUUCGCCGCUUUCUACAACCCUCGUACCUCAAGGGACAUGGAUUUCCGCAGCAGUGGCAACUCGUACGCAAAGUCCCGCAACAUCACCUGUGUGAUGCAAGAGCUCGGUUAUCUCGACGCCAACCUGCAGCCCAAUUUCUCCGGAAUCGUCUCCAGAAUCCAGCGCCUUCCUCUUCCUGCUGAGCUCAAGAGCGACAUGACUGACGCCGUUCACUUCUGCCAGAAGUUCUCACAAUGUGUGCCCGAGCCGGACGAGACCAAGAUGCAGGUUUCUGCCGAAUUCACCAAGCCCAUGCUCUUCUUCAAGUGUUAUAAGCAAAAGAAGCUUGAGGCUUGCGUGCUGAAGGACGUGCGCGAGCGAUUCCUUUUGGCCAGCGCGCCCAGCACGGCCGGCGACCCUGAGAUUCCGGACCACAACACCCUGGAAGAGGAGGAGAGCAGCGGCAUUCGCGGCACUUUCAGGGGUCGCGCUGGCAGGAUAAUGCGGAAGUGGAGCAAGGCGAACAAGGCCAGCAGCGCCGCCACCAUGUCCGACCUGUCCGACGUCAUUUUCGGAGAUGCCUCCCUUGCCUUGUGAACAAAUGCGAUUCUCGGCCCUCCGGAAUUUUGACGAUUUUGUUUAAAAAAAAUUAUGAAACUCCUGCUGGGCUGGAAGCCGCACUCAAACAAAAUGGACUUUACAGAAUGAAUGGAAAUGGAUAAUGAAAAUGGACUGAACAGCAUUAAAUAUAAAUAAUUCUAUGCAAAAAUUGAAAUUUGCGUGAAAUUGGGCAGGUGACGGGACUUGAUGAGCUCUUGAGGAGAAAUACUGCUGGUUGCCAACUGUGCCUUUUCUUAUCUACAAUAUUUAUUUUUAAUGUCUACUUAUUUAUUUAAUAAUUUAUUUACUAUUGUUUCGUGAAUGCUGUUCAAUUUUAAUUUAUUUAAGUUCAAAAAGUAUGUUUUGUGUCAAAGAGAGUUAAUAGUUUAUCAACAACUGUAUUUUAUUUUAGACAAUUUGCAGAAAUCGCAAGUAAUUAAAAUUAGCUGGUAGCGCUGUCAAAAUAAAAAUCUUAAUUAUAUUAAACAUUA